AUGAAGACUCCUCUGAGUCCCUCUCAGCUCCUGGAGCGGGGGCAGAUCUUUGCCUUUGGAGGGAUGUGUCAAGAACUGAUGGACCCGCCUACAUCUACAUCCAUCAGUCUCUCUGUCCAGCAGACUCCGUCCUCAGGUCAGGGCGGGGCCUACUCGCUGUGUGAGGUGUGUAACCUGCAGCUGACCUCUGCAGCUCAGGCCCAGCUGCACUACAAUGGCAGGUCUCACCUCCGGAGAGUGAGACAGCUCCAGGCUGGAGAGACAGGACAACAGGCAGCAGCGGGAACUCAGUCUAGAUCCCUUCCCCAGGCCACAGGGCUCAGCUCCCAGCCUGCAGGACUAACUUCGAAUCCAGGCCUCAGUCCAGGGCUCAGUGCUCCCUCCAGCACGACUGCAGGAAGUGGGUGUGGUGCAGUGGGCGGGGCGUUGCCGGGACUGAUAGGUGCCACUGGUCCCUCGGUGAUGAUGAAACCAUUCCUGUCGUUUCCUGUCGAGACGACAUCGCCAGUCGGACUUUUCCCAAACUUCAACACGAUGGACCCGGUGCAGAAGGCCGUCAUUAACCACACGUUUGGCGUUACUUUAGUGCCCAAGAAGAAACAAGUCAUCUCAUGUAACGUCUGCCAGCUGAGAUUCAACUCUGAUUCUCAGGCAGAAGCUCACUACAGAGGCAGUCGUCACGCCAAGAAGCUCAAGUCUCAGGAGAACAAGACCAAGGCCAAGCUGUCAAUCACUGGAGAGACCAAUGGGAGCAGCCCGAGUCCUGUUUGCCCCGCCCCUCCUCUCUCAGCUAACAGCAGCACCAAUCAGCACACAGAUCUCUUAGCUAGCAUCACCGACUCCUCCUUUCCUCUCAAACCUUUCCUCCUCCCCUCCUCCUCCUCCCCUCGCUCCUCCGCCUCCCCCUCCUCCAGCAGACCAGGCAGCGAGCCUCCUCCCUCCAGUCCUCCCUCCGCCCUCCCUGCCCCGGGCCUCUUCUCCUCUUCUUCCUCUUCUUCCUCCUCUCCCCCUUCAUCCAAAGCCUCCCCGCCUCCCCCUCCUCCAGCUCCUGUCACCUCCUCUUCGCCCCCUGCUCCUCCUCCUCCUCCCCCUUCCCAGGCCUCCUCCCAGGAUGCUCAUCUCUCAGCGGAGUCGGAGGAGGAGAAGGCGAAGAAGCUGCUGUACUGCUCUCUGUGUAAAGUCGCCGUCAACUCUCUGUCUCAGCUGGAGGCUCAUAACGCAGGUUCAAAGCACAAGACGAUGCUGGAGGCGCGGAGCGGCGCCGGGCCGAUCAAGGCCUACCCUCGAGCCGGAGCCAAGCUGAAGAACGGCAGCAGCUCGGCACUGAAGGGCUCCGGCCUGCAGAACAAAACCUUCCACUGCCAGAUCUGCGACGUCCACGUCAACUCUGAGAUCCAGCUCAAACAGCACAUCUCCAGCAGGAGGCACAAGGACAGAGUGGCAGGAAAACCCAGCAAACCCAAAUACAGCCCGUAUAACAAACAGCAGCGCAGCUCGCUCUCUAAGGAGUUAGUGAAGCCCUCCCUCUCUCCCUCCUUUCUCUCCACUCCUUUUGCACCUCCGCCCUCCUCCCUCACCUCCACAAUCUCGCUCCCUCCUGCCUCUCUCUCCUCCUCUCCUCUCCUCCUCACUCCCACCUCCUCACCCCUCACCCCUGCCAUCUCUCUUCACCCUCGCCCUCCCACUUCCACGUCCCUCUUCACCGCCUCCUUCCUGCGUCCGGCUCCUGGACCAAUCAGAGCGAGCCAAGGAUCAAUUCUCUUCGCACCGUACUGAUGAUGACGUCAGCGGUGGGGGAGUCCAACCGGUGACCUUUGACCUUCAGUUUGUUGACCUGACAGAAGAGUCAGAGACUUGAGAGGACAGAAGCUCCUCGUUGCUUUAA